AUGCGGUGUUUACUCAUAUACCUAUCCUUACUUACUAUAUUCCAAAUCAUAGAAUCCCAGCUUCAUGAUUUGGAAGUCUCAACGCAGCCAUCAUGGGCUCCAACCGGACGACUUCAUCAGUUCAACGGCUUUGCGACACCUCGACCAAGCCUUUUACCAGAAAAUGCGCAAAUGGUAUACGCAUCGGUUUGGGCUGGAUGGUCAGCGUGGUCUUUUUGCAAUGAUGGAAAGCGUAUCCGCGUUCGCGCAUGCAACACCGUGCGCGGGUUCAGAUGUCUAGGCCCGAAUCAGGAAACUGAACCGUGUGAUCCAAGCACUAGUCCAAUUCGGGGUCAUGAACGACCAAAUACGGUCGCUAAUGAUUAUGAUGUAAUCGAUCCAUGGCAGGAAGAUCGUAUUGAAGCACUUAGACAACUUUACCCAGAUGAAAGUAUUGAUGAGAAACUGAAUCGCUUACCCGAGCAUGAAAGGCAGAGACUUCUGAGCUCGGUCAAACUAGGCGAGCUCGCGGCGCCGCAACCAUCUUUGAUCUCUCAUGAACUUCUUCAUCGGCCAACCAAUGAAAAUACAGGGGCACCCGGAUCAACUCCGGAACGAAUGUUUGGAGCAAAAUCAUUUGCUGUGAAAACCGGCAACGAACCACUGAAACUUCCAGAUUUUCCGGAAUUCGAUUUGAAAGAUAUAUCGGACAUUACGAAGGAAAAAUUUGAUGAUUUAAAAGAAGUUGAGCCUGCUCGAAAAGGUGAUUCGAAUUCGAAGGAAUUCUUGCCGUUUUUGGAAAGAGAUAACGAGUCGUCGAGAGAAAAUAAAGCGCGUGGUGAAGGGACAUUUUCGAAGAAGAAAAGCAAAACGAAAACCACGACACCGUCAACGACAACGACCCCGGAGAUCACAACUACUAAAAGCAACGAUGAAGAAUUCCCAAUGGAUGGACCAAUGGUAGCCGGACCUCAAUUUACCAACGACGUAUUUGGAAGCAUUGAGGAUUUGAUCAUGCCGAAGAGAAAGUUAUCAACUCAUCCUCCUACGACAACAACUAAACGAAUUGCAUCCACGGCUAGGCCAAUUAUUACUACUCCAAUUACUACAACUACAAGGAAGCCAACCACUACUAUUAUCCCAAAAACAACAAUCGCCGCCACUAUUCGACAUUCUACCACUCCAAAACUGAUCACUACGACGACUCGUCAACCGAUUCGAGUAACACCAAGGCAUCCAGUGGUAUUCGAAGAUGAUUCUGUGGAAUUAGUGACGCCUGGGUUUGAGAAGCCUACCACAAAACUGAUGUUGACAACAGCUAAGCCAAAAUCGACAACGACUGGAAUGAAUCCGGAAGUAAUAAAUUUCUUCAAUGAAGAGCUACUUGAAUCCAUUGAAGUAAAUCCAACGACUAAAAAACCUUAUAAAUUUGUGAUCCAUGAAGGUGAGGUUACUGUACGUACGACAACAACCACGGUUGCUCCAAAACCAUUACCAGAAGAGAUAUCGUUAGACACUCUCCAUGCUCUUGACUGGAUGCUUGCUAAUAUGACGAAGGCAGCCGAACAGGGUCAAAACUUUGUGAAUGGAAACGAAUUGAGACUUGAUAGCUCACCAGAAUCGUUAAACGCUGCUAAAAUCGCCGAAGCGAAGGUUAUUCAGAAGAAAAAGCGUGGACCAAAACGAAACCGAACAAAACUAACCAAGGUGGUCCAAUUACACUAUGGUGAUGUUGAGCCAACCGGUUCUGCUAACAAAUUUCCAAAGUUCCGCAAUAAGCAUGCUCGUCGUGCCAAGGUUUUUGGUAUUCGAACAGCCAAUAGUCGCGAGGUCUCAAUUCCAGUAAUGAACACUGGAGAACUUGCUUAUUCGAAUGACGAAAAUAAACAAAAGCAAGAGUCUUUAAUGGAAGAUAUUAGUGAUAUUCAGGAUCUUAUGGAACAACUCGAUGAGCGAAUAGAGUCGCGUUCAGCAGUUUCAGAACCAAUAAGUUUUCCUAUUCAGAAACACGUAAUUCGUCUCUUUAACUAUUCGCAAUAA